AUGGAUUAUCGUACAUUGGAAAUCAAUGUCAUGUCUGCAAGGGAUCUAAACAAAGUCAACCUCAUCACGAAAAUGGACGUGUACGUCGUCGUUUCAAUCUCCGGCGGAGACAAGAAAUCGAAACAGAAGACAAAAACGCCGGUGGACAACGAUGGAGACAGCAAUCCCACUUGGAAUUUUCCUAUGAAGUUCACGGUGGAGGAUGCGGCGCUCCAGCAGAACCGCCUAAAUCUUGUGUUCAAGCUUGUGUGUCAGCGAGUACUUGGGGAUAAGGACGUUGGUGAAGUGCACGUGCCGUUAAAAGAGCUUCUUGAAUCUCCGGCGGCUGCCGGUGGAGGCGGGGAUGGGAAGCAGCAGAAGUUUGUGAGUUAUCAAGUGAGGAAACCCAGUGGGAAGCCUAAAGGGGAACUUACUUUUUCAUACAGGUUUAAUGAGAAAGUUGCCGGUGGAUUUGCGGCGGCGCCACCAGUUCUGCCGCCUGUUGCGACAAAAGUUGAAGAUGAUAAGCCUGUCACCGCUUUUCCAGCUAAUCCGAUGAUGGCGGGACCCAGUUCUAUGUAUCCUCCGCCACCGCCUGUAGGGUAUCCUCCUUAUCCAACUGCCGGGGGAAAUGAGCAGUAUCCACCCCAGCAGCCGCCGCCCGGAGGAUAUCCUCCUCCUCCGCCGGGAUAUGGGUACCCACAACCACCUCCACCCUCUUAUGGUGGAUACCCGCCGCCUCCACCGCCAGGAUAUGGGUAUCCCCAACCACCACCACCACCGGGGUAUGGCUAUGCGCCGCCGGUGGUACAGCAACCACCAAAAAAGAACAAAUUUGGCAUGGGACUAGGUGCCGGACUGCUAGGAGGUGCUAUUGGCGGGUUGUUAAUUGGAGAUAUGAUUUCGGAUGCAGGGGAUUAUGGCUUUGAUGGUGGAUUUGAUUUUUGA